CCAGUCUAUAUAUCUCAUAAUUAUGUUAGAGGCAACAGGGUUAUCGAUCUUACCUCCCUUUACUUCAUUAAAGAAGGUCAACCACUGCUCCAGCUACUUCCAUCCCUGUGCAUCGUCUAGGAAGCGACUAGCAAAGAAGGAAGGAAGAGGGAUGGGGAAUUGCCAGGCGUCGGAGGUGGCCACGGUGGUUAUUCAGCACCCUGGAGGGAAGGCAGAGAGGCUCUAUUGGCCGACGACCGCAGCGGACGUGAUGAGGAGCAACCCGGGCUACUACGUGGCCCUGGUCACGCUCUAUGUCUCGGAGGAGAAGGACGGCGGCGCCGUCCGGUUCACCCGUGCACGGUUGCUGAAGGCCAAGGACAUGCUCUUGCUCGGGCAGGUUUACCGGCUGAUCGCCUCACAAGAGAUUACAAAGGCUGUGAGGCAAAGAAAGCAUGCGAUGCUUAAGAAGAGUCAAGAGGAAUUGAUCAGAAAGCAGCAGCAACGAGAGCAGAGACACGGGAAAAUUGAGAAACAACAACAGGAGGAUUCAGAAAAUUCGCUUCAGGUGGCCAGGCAGGGCAGGGAUAGGCAGAGGAGCAGCGCGCAGAUGGCGGGGAGAGGCCGGCAUUGGCGACCGUCGCUGCGGAGCAUCUCGGAGACAGUCAGCUAAAUUUAGCAAAUGACUCGUGGUGUUUCUACAGGUGCAAGAUAGAUAGAUCUGAUCUGAGGCUCUUGUAGAUGUGGCUUUAGUGUGCUGAUGGAGUGAAUGGUUGUGAAAGAUUUUUUCAUGUAAAAUUGAAAGUUGGGAGUGUUAUUGUAGGAGACUGCUCAGCCAGAGUCCUUGUAAAGUUAUAUGAGACUAUAUAUUGAAAUCACAGUCCAUGAUGUAAUUGCCAAAACA